AAGAUAGUUCACACGAACAAGUAAAAAAAUGGAGGGGGAUUGGGCCCACCAAGAUCAUAGCAACAGCACAUCUGAUAGACUGCAAUUGAAUUGAAGAUGAGAGAGAAUUGAAGUGUGAGAAAUGGAGGAACACGAAGAGCCAUCGUCUCCAGGACUCAGUCCGGUACAACUCAAAGAAUGCAUAGAGGAGGUGCUCAACUUUACACUCGCGUCCUUAAUCGACGAAACCCUAGGAUUCGAUAUAGGCCUUUCAAAGGAGUACUGUUCUAACCUCCUCAAGAACGACCCUGCAAACCCCAAUUGCAAUCACACCGAUUUUUCCGGAGGUGUUUCUCAAUAUCCUCUACGCAAGCCUCUAGCAUCAGCUUUGUACCAGUCUAUAUCUUCUGGAACUUUGAUCCAUGAAGACAGUUCCAUGAAGCAGAAAGAAGAAAAGUGGAAUCAAUUGGUUCUAGCAAAGGGGUCUGAAUUAGUAAAUAUGUUGAAAACUAUUGACUUUGAACUUCAUGUUCAGGAGCCUUUCUUUUCCCAGCUCAAAGAUGGCCUAAAAACAACUGAAGGAAGAUGUGCUGUUGGUGACUAUAAUAAGUAUGGCUUAUUUUAGUUCUGUAUAUAAAUUAUGUAAUAAUGCACUUUGCUGAAUUUUUUUACAUUCUUUUUUCACGUUGCUCUCUUCUUUUGUGUCAUAAAUCAAAUACUAUGUAACUGUUACAGGUCCCACUUGGGUUGGUUUAGUUUGAAAUUUGAAUCAAGCUCAACGUAAACCAA